GAAAUCGAAAGCUAUGAACACUGCUGGGAGGAGUCCUAUUUCAUCACAACUCUCCCCAGAGAAACAGCAUGAGGUCAGACAUCUAGCACUGCUCAAAUAAGGAACUCACUUUAUAACCAGUUUCCUGGUCUUCCUUGUUAUUUUGUAGAUACUACAUUUUCUCAGCGUUUAAUGAGAUUCCAACACCCUGCUGUGUACGUUUUGAGAGAUUUAUCUUCCUACACAAAAUAGACAAGCCCUAUUUCCUGCCUUGUUGAGGAUCUACAAUCUGGACAUUACUGAGAAACUUCCGGGAGAUAAACUAGGAUCUGAACACUGCUGAAAAAGAUUUCCAAGAAGGAUUGUCCAUAAUAUUAUAGAUAAUGAGUGACUACAAGAAAAUUGUUCUUCUAAAAGGAUUAGAGCGUAUGGAAGACUACCACUUUAGGACAAUUAAGUCCUUACUAAGAAAAGAACUACACCUGUCUGAAAAUAUGCAAAAUGAUUAUGACAGAAUUCAGAUUGCUGACAAGAUGGAGGUGACAUUCCCAAAAGAUGCUGGACUCAACAAACUGAUAGGAAUUUGUCAAGAAAUUAAUGAUCUUAGAGAUCUUGUUGAAAAUCUUAAAAAAGAGAAGGCAAAAGUUAAAAAGCCAAAUAAAGAAAAAGUAAAAACUGCAGUGAAAAAAAGGAAGCAAGAGGAACCCAGCAGUUCACAAUCUCUUUCCACUGAUAAUGAACCAAGCAAGAAUAAGCCCUCUUCAAAGAAAAAGAGUAAAAUACCCACAGAAACUGAAGGUGGCAAGAAAAGGAAGCUUAUCCAGGAGCAGACUCAACUUCCAGAAGCUCCAGAAAGCAGCAUACUAAAAGAUGAACAUUGUCUCCAGACUCCUCAUAAGCCUCCACCAAUACCACCCAGCAGUUCCUCCAACAAGAAACAGAAAAGGAUAAAUAUCAAAACCCAGAGGACUUUUAAAACAGAGAAUUCCCAGGAAGAACAGCAGCUUCCAGAAUUAUCAGAAACCAGCAACUCCUCAGCUGCCAGUGAACUCCAAAAUUGUCGGGGACUCUUGACAACAGCUUCUAGCAGCCUUCAGACUCCCCAGACAUCUCCAUGCCUCGCUUUUAAAAAGGCUCAGGGCUCUCCAGCACUACCCUGCCAGAAUUUUCUAGCAUCUCCAGUAUCAGACUCUAACACCCAUCUGAUCUCUCAUUUGCCUCUAACCCUGUCCAGUAGUGUCCAGGGUCCUCAGGUACCUUUAGUAACAACAUCUGAAAGUCCCCUGGUUCCGUAUAAGUCUCCAUCAUCAGCAUUCAAAAGUCUCCUUGCUCCAAGGGGGUCUCCAGCAACAGCAAUCAGUGCUCUCCAUGACCCUCUGGGGUCUCCAGCAACUACAAGCAGCAGUUCAUGCAAGACACCAAGGAGAAGAAACAUACCCAAGGAACCAUCUAAGGAAGAAGGUUACCAUCGAGAACCCAAAGAAGUGAUGGUUUUGAAAAUAACAGAACCAUUUACUUAUGAUUUGAUUGAUGACAAAAGGAUGUUCCAUGCCACAGUGGCAACUGAGAAUGAAUUCUUCAGAGUGAAGAUUUUUGAACCAGUGCUAAGGAAUAAGUUCAUUCCAAAUAAGAUUAUUGCCAUAUCAAAUUAUAUUGGCUUAAAUGGCUUUCUGGAAAUACACGAAGCUUCCUGUGUGUCUGAUGCAGACAAGAACAGAACAAUGAGUAUCUCAAAAACACUGAGGCAAAGAGCUAAUGCGACUCCUAAAAUUAGGGAUCUUUUCUCACAGGCACAGGGGACAUAUGUGAAUGGAGAGUUUGUGGUCUAUAAGAAAACUGAGAGGAAUCCCUUCAUUUACUAUGGAAUUGAAGAUGAUACAGGGACAAUGGAAGUGGUGGUCUUUGGAAGACUGACCAAUAUAAAGUGUGAGCCAGGCCAAAAACUUCGACUCGUCUGUUUUGAAUUGUCCUCAAGCAAAGAUAAUUGGCAGCUGAAGUCUGUAAGACACAGUUACAUGCAGGUCGUCGAUGUCAGAAAGAAAGUCACUCAAGCCUGAUGCAGAUAAGAAAACCUGGAUGCCAAGAUACUGUUUAUGGAGAUAAGAUCCAAGUCCAGAAAACACAUGUAUUCAUGAACUGUUGCAUACAUUUCAUAUCUAUGAAAGCCAUCUCCUUUUUUAUGGUUUUCCAACACAGGAUUUCUCUGUUUUGUCCUUGCUGUCCUGGAAAUCACUUUGUAGACCAGGCUGGCCUUGAUCUCAAGGUCUACCUGCCUCAGCCUCCUGAGUUCCAGGAUUAAAGGCAUGGACCACCACCACCAGACCUGCUCUUAAUUCUAGGAAAUGAUGAUUUCUUUUAUUGUUCAUACACCUUUAAUGAUUUAAGUUCUGUUUUCUAUCAAUAACUUUAUACAUGUUAAUCUAUAAGUUUUACAUAUAAAACUUAAAAAUAAAACCACAUUUUGAUAA